GCUUUGAAAACACACAAUCAACUCACAUUUGACCCUCCAUCAAAUUAAUGCAUUUAAUAGCCGUUAUCCAUAGCUUUCCAAGUUAUUACUCAUAUUUUCACCAACAGCUAAUGUGUACUAAUAAAGAUUUAUUUCAAAUUAUCUACCAUUACAGGCAUUACAGGCAACACACAUACACAAGGAAACACAAAGCUGCUGCUGCCACACAAGGCUAUAAAGCAACCAUAAACAACAACAAUAAAAACAACUGUAAUAUCGACAAAUGCAGCUGCUGCGAACGCUUUUGUAACUAAGAUUGCAGCUGCCGCAUAGUUGCCAGCGCAACAACAAUAACAUUUAAUUGCAACAACGGCAAAUUGUUUGUGCUCACAAACGUUUUGCGGCACUCAGCGCACCCAAGAGCUGGGCGCCUCAUUUGAGGCACGUGAGUUAACUACCAGUUUGGCGGCAAUUUCAUCUAUAGGUCGUUGUUGUAGUUGGGUGUUUGGGAAAAAAAUCACAACGGAACAUGAACAGCAAUUAAGUGCGGCAACAACAACGAACGCCCACAAGCCACUGGAAACGACAAGUGAAAGAAGCAAAUCAAUGCAAGUUGUGCGCCUACACAGACAAACACACACGGGCGACUAAGUGCCACAUGCGCAACUGAUCAUUUCAAGCGCCGUUGUUUGCUUAUUGAAGAAGAAGAAGAAGAAGAAGAGCGUAUCAAAAGCGAAAUAAAAACAAAAAACUGGCAAUUAGGCGUGUGAGUUGACCAGUAGCCAAGGCAGCGGCAGAGACCAACAACCGCAUUGCGGUCAUAAAACGAAGCGACAGCGACAACGACAAGAAAAUAGCGAAAAACGCAACAUAACCUCAAAGCUAGCAACCGCAAUAAGAGCGUAAUAACAAAGCUACAAAUAGCUAAUACACACACGCGUGCAACUUGUUUGCAUUUGCCUUAAAUUGCCGCAUUUAAUUGCAACACAAACCACAAACCAGCUGCACGAGAUAUCCGCAACAGGUACACAGCGCCAGCGCCAGCACCGGCAAUAGCAACAACAAGCGCACAAACACGGCGCGGCAAUUCCGAAACGAAUUAGUUCAAGCGUGUGCGCACAUGUUACGCCAACAACAAUAACAAUAACAACUAAGCAAACAUAUUUACAACAUAUUUGGCGCAAUAAUCGCCAAUUGACUAACGGCAAGUGCAACGACCGCACCGCCGCCGCCAUCACCGCCACCACCGCUGCACGCGCUGCCACAACCUUGGCCACGACAAUUGGAUUACCACAGCGGGUUUCACUGUUUUGGUUUCGGUUUUGAUUGCUGUUGUUGCACACAUACACUGCAGCGCUUGGGGCAGCACGAUUUUGGUGUUUGCAAGUUCAAGCGCAAACGCAAGCGGCAAGUUCCGUUCAAUUAGCGAAGCGCGACCAUAAAGAAGGCGACGGCCGCAACACGAAAGAGCUUUUGAGCCGCACGCGAGCAGGAAGUCGGUGCAGGAACCAAAGCAUGUGCAAGUCGCAAACCGCUGCGUGACUAAAGAAACGUGUGAAGUUGUUGCAACUUUGUUGGCCGAAACAUUGCAGAGGUUGUCAACCUGCAGUUUAUGGUGCGCGCGCUCCUCAAAAACGACACUACGCGCUAAGGAAUGCGAAGCGCUGUGUAGCAGUGACAUAAAUAGCAACGUCAAAUAUAGUUGUUAGUGUAUUUAAUUUGCGCGUAACCUUGAUCUUGGUGGACGUAACCAUAUUGCCGCUUAAGUGUACUUCCGCGCGCCUUGUUAGCGCAGAGCGUCAAAUAAGCGCGUUGCCACAUCUUUGGCAUAUUACCACACCCAUCACCAGUCAGUGGUUUCCCAACGCUUCAGCGCGUACCACUUCCACCUACUGUACCUGACCCCUUCACAACUCGCACCGCCGCGCCUUACACGUGCCGCGCUCAAUGUACGAUGUUAGCAAUCGCCAAAUGGAGUCUGCUAGCCACAAUUGUUAACAGUUUGCUGUUAUGCACUUUAGCCAUUGAGCGGCCGCCAGCGCUUGCCCACGUAGGCCAAGUAGCGUUACAAACCGCAUCCGCGCAUCAACAAGCAACACAAACGACGCGUAAUGUGCGCGAAAGCACAGCGUAUAUCGCGCCGCAUACGACGCAGUUGCAGCAAACAUCAUGGUUGAAUACAGCCUCAGCGGCAACUGUGGCGCCUGCCGCAGACAGCCGACGCACCGCGCGCAAUCUUUACGCGCCCUUCGAUACCUUCAGCAAGUUGGAUGAAGCGCCCUUUACCGAUUGGCACCGACGAGCCGAUGGCACAGUGGUGCAAACUUUUGGCGCUUAUCGUAGUGGGCGCGCACUUGCCGCAGUCGCGCAACAGCCACAAGCGCCAGUGCACAACGCCGCCACCGCACAGCGUCGCUCUGAUGUCAUAACUACCGUCGAGGUAAUACCAGCACCCGGUAUUGAGCUCUCCAGCAGUACAAACAAUGCUGCGGCUGGUAAUGUACCCAUCACAAUACCGAAGCAAGUCGUGCCUGAUGCAAAUGCCGCAGCAGCCACGCCAGUUGCUGCUCCAGUCACAGCGAACGCGACGCGCAGCUCACGGCAACGCAACUAUGUCUACAUACCGCUGCAGCAGCAAGCUACUAGCACAACAUUGCUGCCGAAACGCAACAAUAGCUCGUUUGGCUAUUUGGGUCCACCAGCGCAUGCUGUCGCAGCGGCUGUGCAAGAGUUCGGCGAGGAGUUAUUAAAUGCGCGCACCGAUCGCAGCGAUUUAGCAAUUGCGCCAGCGCCGGGCGCACCAAUCACAUCCACAGACAAAGCCGAUUUUGAUGAUGAGGAUCCGGCGCGUCGCAAUGGUUUCAAAUUUCCAAGUUACAGCCUCAAACCAGCUAGUCCCUUUUAUCCACAAGGCUACCGCGAGGAUAAUCCGAUAUUCACGGAAACCACAGGCUUCGAGACACCAUACAGCGAAGACGCGCUAGCGCAAGACACACGUCACACGCGGCAGCUCAUCUAUGAAAACAGCGACGCCACACCAAUUUCACAUCCCUUCGAAUUUCCCGGCUUGGUGUCCAAUAACAAGCCGCAUACUUUGAGCUCCGCCAUCGCUGCUGGUAAAUUGUUUCGUGAAGAGGUCACCAAGUUUGGUGAUGUGAACGGUCCCAUAACAGCUGUACCACAACGUCCGCAACGCGGCUUGUUCUUUGGUGAUACGGAAUUUCGUACAGGUCCGCCACGACCAUUUGUGCCACAGAAAGCGUUCAAUGAAUACGUCGGACCAAAUGGCCCCGUUGAUUAUCAGAGUUCGAGAAAGAGUCGCUUUUUCCCGUUCAAAUCGUCACGCAGCCCACGAGUCGUCUUCCCUGUGAACGAUAAUAUUGGCACAACGGGACCCAGUGGUACCGGCAAUGGCGUUUAUUUUAGUGACAGCGUUGCUUUCAGAGAUCAAAAUUUCGGCAUCAACGAUUUGGCUGCCAUCCAAGAUGUACGCAAUGAAUUCAGUCUACAAGAUAUUGACGGCACAUCAGAGAGCAGUUUAACGGGCGCACCAUCGUCGGGUACAUUCAAAGAAAAAGUCGAUAUCACAACCGAACUAGAAUGUCAACACCGCGGUGGUACUUGUGAGUUUUUUCUCGGUUGUUGGAUGAGUGGCGGUCUACUGCAGGGCACAUGUAAUGGCCUGCUGCGCGGUUGCUGUCAUCGCACAGCCAAAUCGGCUAACCUACGCACCUCCGAUUUCGUGGGCAAUACAAUCGAUCUGACUGAUCUUCCGCAUAAAAACUAUGGCCCGGUUAAAAAUGAUGCCAGUUGCGGCAUUUCGCUGGCCAAACAGGCUGCGCAACGGCGCAUAGUUGGCGGCGACGAUGCCGGUUUCGGUUCGUUUCCCUGGCAGGCGUACAUACGUAUCGGAUCCUCGCGUUGCGGCGGUUCAUUGGUGUCGCGCCGUCACGUCGUCACCGCCGGUCAUUGUGUAGCACGUGCCACACCGCGCCAGGUCCAUGUCACACUCGGCGAUUACGUAAUCAACUCUGCGGUUGAACCACUGCCAGCUUACACGUUCGGUGUGCGUCGCAUCGAUGUGCAUCCGUAUUUCAAAUUCACACCGCAGGCGGAUCGUUUCGAUGUGUCCGUUUUGACGCUGGAGCGACCGGUGCAUUUUAUGCCGCAUAUAGCUCCUAUCUGCUUACCGGAAAAGAAUGAGGACUUUCUGGGAAAAUUUGGUUGGGCAGCGGGCUGGGGUGCUUUGAAUCCCGGCUCACGACUGAGGCCUAAGACUUUACAAGCCGUGGAUGUGCCAGUGAUUGAGAACCGCAUUUGCGAACGCUGGCAUCGUCAAAACGGCAUCAAUGUUGUUAUUUAUCCCGAAAUGAUGUGCGCUGGCUAUCGCAACGGCGGCAAGGACUCCUGUCAGGGUGACUCUGGUGGACCGCUGAUGCAUGAGAAGAACGGCCGUUGGUAUUUAAUCGGCGUGGUUUCAGCUGGCUACUCGUGCGCAUCGCGCGGCCAGCCGGGCAUCUAUCAUCGUGUACCCUAUACGGUAGAUUGGAUAUCCUACGUCGUCGGUCUGACAACGAAUGUGUAGUACAAGUGUAUUAACGCGACUACACUUACGUCAAAUUUACUGCGAAAUUGAAAUAUUAUACUUUAAUACUGAUUGUCGCAAACUAAAAAUGCUCAAAACUUUCACAUUUAUCGAUUUCUUAUUUAAUUUUUCAAAAAAUUAUUUCCACAACCCUUCGCUAGCCACUUUUCUAUUUUAGGUUUAGUACAGCAUAUUUAUUUGUAGCGUUUCACGAUUUCACAUCUAUUUCGAGUUUUGUAAAUAGUUCUUAUUUUAUUUGAACACAUUCUUUGUUUGUUGUUGUUUGGUUGCACUCACUUAUACAUAUAUAUAUACUAUAUGUACUUAUAUGCAUAUUAAUGUUUGUUAAUCGUUAAAUUAAUGAGUUAAGCGCAUAACGGGUCAUUGCUCCAUUUAAGUGUAAGCUGUAAGCUUAGCUUUGUAUUUAUAUUAAAAACAAAUGAAAAUAUUUAUAAAUAUAUCACCUAAGUGAGCUUAUAUAUAUACAUAUUUAGUUAUAAGUUUGUAUGUUUAAUAUACACAUACAUAUAUAUUUGUAAUUAGUUGCAUAUAACGGUGGUUUAUUGUACAAUAUAUACUAUUUAGUCAUAAUUAUGCACUUAAAUGCUCUGCAAGUGAAAGCAAUAUAUAUAUAAAUACAUGCAUAAGUAUAUAUUAACGAAUGUGUAUAGCUUCUGUAGUGAUGUAAAUAGUGUAUAGCGCUAUUAAUUAGUUAUUAAUUUUUAUAUAAUUUAUAUGUGAAUUAAGAAACAAUAAAUUAAUUGGAAAAUAACUUCU